GAAAGAGUUAACUGUGAUGUGCAGGAGGAGACCGGCGCGCCGCCUGGAUCUCACUGUGGGGAGACCUCCAUCUCCUCCUGCUGCUGCUGCGGUGGACUGGGCAGCACCGGUCCGGUUCCGGAUGCCAAUCUGUCGGUACUUGUUGAUCCCCCCAUGGGCCGAGGCGUGGAGCGAUGAAUGCGGCGAAGUGACGCAUGUGGUGGCCGCUGUAGAUGUGUGUGACAUGUCGGAGGAGGGCGGGUAUGGAUGGCAUCAGAGCCCGGCUCCAGUAGACCAGUAACGGCGUCUUCUUCUGGAUUUGGAUUUACCUCCUCCUCCUAUGCUGGAGAACAAGCAAGUCAACACGGCACAAUAAUGACAGAAAAGAGGACCAAGAGGACUCCAUAGGUGUGGACGUUCACCUGCUUCCAGCGUGAAAGGGCAUUAUGGAGAAGUCCUUGGCAGAGUUCACCAAGACCGGCUCCCAGUCGACGUCCUCGCUCCCGCCCGAGCCGGUGGACAUCAUCCGCAGCAAGUCAUGUUUCCGAAGGGUCCGCCUCAACGUGGGCGGCCUCCCUCACGAGGUCCUGUGGAGGACCCUGGACCGGCUCCCUCGGACGCGGCUUGGCAAGUUACAAGACUGCAACAGCCACGAGUCCCUGAUGGAGGUGUGCGACGACUACAACCUGGAAGAGAACGAGUACUUUUUCGACCGACACCCCGGUGCGUUCACAUCCAUCCUGAACUUUUACCGCACAGGCAAACUGCACAUGAUGGAGGAGAUGUGCGCGCUGUCCUUCAGCCAAGAGCUGGACUACUGGGGCAUCGACGAGAUCUACCUGGAGUCCUGCUGCCAGGCCAGAUACCAUCAGAAGAAGGAGCAGAUGAAUGAGGAGCUCAAAAGGGAGGCGGAUAAUUUAAAGGAUCGAGAGGGGGAGGAAUUUGACAACACGUUCUGCGUGGAGAAACGGAAGAAACUGUGGGACCUUCUGGAAAAGCCCAGCUCAUCUGUUGCUGCAAAGAUCCUGGCCAUCACCUCCAUCCUCUUCAUCGUGUUGUCCACCAUCGCCUUGUCACUCAACACCCUACCAGAGCUGCAGGACAAAGACGAGUUCGGCCAGCCCACAGACAACCCCCAGUUGGCCCACGUGGAAGCGGUGUGCAUCGCCUGGUUCACCAUGGAGUACCUGCUACGCUUCCUCUCGUCCCCCAACAAAUGGAAGUUCUUCAAGGGACCCCUGAACGUCAUCGACCUGCUGGCCAUCCUGCCCUACUACGUCACCAUCUUCCUGACGGAAUCCAACAAGAGCGUGCUGCAGUUUCAGAACGUGCGGCGCGUGGUUCAGAUUUUCCGAAUCAUGCGGAUCCUGCGUAUUCUGAAACUCGCUCGUCACUCCACAGGACUUCAGUCGUUGGGGUUCACCCUCAGGAGAAGCUACAACGAGCUGGGCCUGCUCAUUCUGUUUCUCGCCAUGGGCAUCAUGAUCUUCUCCAGUUUGGUGUUUUUUGCGGAGAAGGAUGAGGAGGACACAAAGUUUAAAAGCAUUCCAGCUUCUUUCUGGUGGGCGACCAUCACCAUGACCACAGUCGGCUACGGAGACAUCUACCCCAAAACUCUGCUUGGUAAAAUAGUCGGGGGUUUAUGCUGCAUCGCUGGAGUACUGGUGAUAGCUCUACCGAUUCCUAUUAUUGUCAACAACUUCUCGGAAUUCUACAAGGAGCAAAAGAGACAAGAAAAAGCACUUAAACGCAGAGAAGCCCUGGAGAGGGCUAAGAGAAAUGGUAGCAUUGUUUCCAUGAACUUGAAGGAGGCAUUCGCCCGUAGUGCGGAACUGAUGGACGUGGUGGUGGAGAAGAACGAGAGGCCUCAGGACAACCACCUCUCACCAAACCGUUGGAAGUGGACUCCCAAGAGAGCCACGUCAGAAACCAGUUCCAACCGUUCCAUUAACACGCAGCACUUAGGAUCGCCCAACAAGGGUCGAAACAGCAGCCCCCAGAAGCUAAACGUUCAGAAGCUGGAGGAGAUGUACACACAGAUGGCCAAGACGCAGUCGCAACCCAACCUCAACGCCAAAGACCGAGGUUCCAGGGUUGGGAAGCAGAGGGACGAGAUAGAGCUGGGCGCCAUACAGGAUCACCAUCCAUCAACGCUGGGGACCAGAGAAGGGGUGGGCGACAUGAAGAGUCUGUCCAGCAUUGACAGCUACAUCAGUUGCGCUACAGACUUCCAGGAGAAUCCACGAUAUCCUCACAGCACACAAGUGGACCUCUGCCAUAGCAACAGUCCGGCGAUAACCUCGUCUCAGCACUCGGCAGCCAAAACCGGCCAUCAAACCAGCGGCGCUCCCAUGCUGGCGCCCGUAACCGUCUCAAAACCGUCCUGCUCGGAAAAUUCCAGGAAGUUCCUAUUUGCACGCAACGCGUCCAGAAGCCUUUUCUCCAAGGGUGGCUGCCGCAACGACAAGGAUCCCGGACCGUCGCCACUCUCGGACAGUUCCGUCCUCUCUGACCAUUCCCUGCUAAGCCCUGAGGUUUCCGUCUACACCACGGCCAGCAGCAGAACCCCGCCCAAGUCCCCGGAGAGCGCCGCCCUGGCCCCGACCGUCUUCACCUUCCACGACUCUUCCAUCAGCAAAUACAUCGACGCCGACACGGACGACGACGAGCACAUGCGCGACAUCUCCGACGCCAGCCCCACAGAUCGCCUGCUGAGCGACUCCAGCCCCAAACGCAGCAUCAACAUCAACUACCAGAGAGGCACCAACCAUUUAGAAGCCGCCCACAAGAUACUGGGGCAAAACUGUCUAUUCCCCCUGGAGGGGAUAUGCGGGGUUCCUCACGAGAACCACGUGGGACCCGAGAUGGGACGCAGGCAAAAGGGGCGUCACAACACUUUGGACAAAAGCCACUGAGCGCGGAAGGACGUGAGUGCUUGCGGUACAAACACAGCGUCUCGCUCCAAAAAGCACCUGAGCAUGGCGUUGGGCCGUGCGCUCGCACGGAGCACCGACUCGGGGAGUCAAACAUUUGGAAGUAGACAAAUUUCACUGCCCCCCCUUCGUUCGACUCAUUCCAAUCGAUUAUUCCACAAGACAAAGCAAGCACCCCAAAAAUGUAGCCAGCGGGUCUGCUCAGAGAUGCCAUGACGUGUGCGUCUGAGGGUUCUCCCCACCUUCUCCAGGAGGAACGGUCCCCGCCGCCCACCGUCACGUUCGCUAGUCCCACUCGUUUUUGUAGUCUUGGAGAUACAGGACAGGACCUAAAAAGCCUAUAAGCUACUUAUUCGUGCCCUCCAUUCCUAAACCUGGCCUUAGUCAUUUGCAUUUGUCAGGGGUGGGGCGUGGCGUGGCGUGCAUGUCUGUAUUUAUGUGUGUGUGUGUGUGUGUGUGUGCAUGUGAGGAUGACUGCCGAUGGAUGAUACGAUGCUAAUUCAUGUAUACACACCUCUAAGAUUGUCCGAGCUGAUUUAUUUUUCUAUAGAUAAGAGGAAAAUACCUAAUAGAUACUCGAUCACACGGGACACGUAACCCACGUUAAGGAUCGGCUUCACAGAGCGGAUGAUACGGGGGGGGGGGCAUCAUCGCAGUAUUUUUCACAUGACGUUAACAACAUGAUUUUUGUCGUUCAUAAUGGAUGAAAAGGCUUAUUCUUACUUUUAGGAGUAACGGCGGCCACUUUGUUAGGUACACCUUCACCAUCGGACUUGACAAUACAAAACUUCAGCCAUUACAAAAACAAUACGGCCCAGUUUUGUUGUGUGAAUCUUGAAAACAGGAAGUGAACAAACUAUCACUUAAGUGCUAAUAAGUGAAUUUCUGCCAAGUAGGAUUACAGAUUUAUAAUAUAAGCACAGAAAACCAGUUUAAGACAUUCUCAAUAUGGUUUUAAAAUUAUUAGAGCCCUCUAGACUUCAAAUAACACCCCUAUAGUCACCUUUAUAUUUCUAUUACUCAAUAUCGUAGAAAUUCAUUCAUUCAUUUUCUACCGCUUAUCCUCACAAGGGUUGCGGGGGUGCUGGAGCCUAUCCCAGCUGUCUUCAGCGAGAAGCGGGGUACACCCUGGACUGGUGGCCAGCCAAUCACAGGGCACAUAUAGACAAACAACCAUUCACACUCACAUUCAUACCUAUGGACAAUUUGGAGUCGCUAAUUAACCUAGCAUGUUUUUGGAAUGUGGGAGGAAACCGGCGUACCCGGAGAAAACCCACGCAUGCAAACUCCACACAGAGAUAGCCGAGGGUGGAAUUGAACUCGGGUCUCCUAGCUGUGGGGUCUGCGCGCUAACCACACGAUCGCCGUGCAGCCUAUCGUAGACAUAAUAAGAGAAAAUAAAUUAUAAAUAAUGUUGCUGUAAAAGGGAGCUGAGUGGUGGGCGGACAGGAAGUGACACUGGGGUUCCAGAGAGUUACCUCACGGCCGCCAAAGUAGCCCAUUUUUGUAUUCGGGAUUAUUGUGCCUGUUGGGAGAUCAAUCACCAAACAUUACAGUAACAUUACUGACACCUAAUGGCCACUAUGGAACACUGCAUGAGGUGCAUUCAUACUUUAGUUCAUUCAGCCAUUUUUAUGUUUGAAAAUGCCUAAUUCAGGCAUGAAUAUGUACAUUUGAAGCACAAAGCUAUUUAUUGGCUUAGCAAACGCACAAAUGCGACGUGAUCGGCUUGUGUAGGUGUACCUAAUCUUGUGGCCGUUGUGCGUUCAUGGCUCAAGCCUAAUGUCAACAUGCACCAGCUGCUUGGCCACACAAAGACACCAUUCAUUUUACACAGUCGCAAAUGUCCAGCAUGCAUUGGCCUUAUUCCCCUUAUGUCUAGGGGGACACAGCAGGUUGUACAUAAUCAAUAUGAUGUAUAAUAAAUAUCACAUUUAAAGAAACUACAGUAUGCUACUGCACAUAUGCUGGAGAGAUUCAUAGCACAGCACGCAAGCAGGCAAGAUGCACACAGCUAAACUUCAAGAAUGUACUGGAGAUAUAUAUAUAUAUAUAAAAUAUAUACACUUGCGCUUGGUCGCCAUGGUGACAGCGACCGGUCAGUGUUUUAAUUGGAUUGGACGAGGUCUGAUUUCAUGUACGACGACAAACACACACACACACAUAGACGCCUGCAUUCAUGACUCACUAUGAUGAUGUCAUGACGUUGUGUUUAUGUCUAGGUGUUUUAUUACCGCAGCACACAGCAAUAGUCAUGCAAAUAUUGACGUACGAGGAGGACCACCGUGCACUUUAAUGUCUCAUCCACGCGCAGGAAAAAUUGUUCAUCCCGGUUGAGAUGCAACAUACUUUGAAAAAAAAAUGCUUUUAAAAAAAUGUCUGGCCCUUUAACAGAAACACGGUGCAAGAAAGGCAACUGUUUUAAUUACAGGGAAAAAUAUGCUAAUAGUCAAUAGCAAAUCCCAAUUUCAUAUUGUGUUUAAGAAGUGAGGGACGCCGCAGUGUGCAAGGAAUAGCAAUGAGGGUGGAGGAGUGUGAGUGAGUGUGUGUGUGUGAGAGAGAGAGAGGGAGUGUGACGCUUAAUGGAAAAAAGAAUUCCCAAAUGAAUGUAUGCAUGACACGGGAAAGCCUCCAGGUUGACAGCAUGACGCUGAAGUGCUACUCAAGCAUACGUGCACACCGUACGCCCCAUUCGGUAGAAUAUUCAGCCCAAAUAUGGAGGUAAGUAGCACUCUUUUAGCUGGAAAUGACACAAGAAAGUUCGGUUCAAGGAAAACUGAAUCCCCCCCUCCCCCACCCAAUCAUUUGCAUCGUUCUAAAGCAGGAAUGUCCAAACUUCACAAGAAAAGUGAAAGUAUGGAAAGGACACUUUCACUUUCUUCUCAAAUAAUCUUUGUAGAUUUUCUCUCAUAAUUUUAUGACUUAAUUCCAGUAACCUCUUCCCCUAGCUAAUUUUCCAUAAAUUCCAAGAAUCAUUUAUUUACUCCAAGAAUAAACUACAAUUCCAAUAAUAAACUAUUUCAUUUCAAAAAUAACUUUGCUUCUCAAAAUAUUACAACUUAAAAAUUAAUAUUUCAACUCUUCGCUACUGAAACGACUAUGAUUAUUUUUCCUCAUAAUAAUGCUCCCAUAAAAUGAUGACUUUUUUCUUAUUGCAAAUGUUUUUCUUUUUAAUAUUUGAACUUUUUAUUAGAUUUUUUUCCCAUUUUGGCUGCUGUUUUUUUUGUAAUUAUAUUUUUAGAAGGAGCUGUAAGCCAAUUUAAAGAAAAAAAAACAGCUGAGUGGCCGCAAAUGACCCCCAGGCCAGACUUUGGACACCCAUGCUCUAACGGUUCCUGGUAGCGUCUUACAUAAGGGAGGCACCAGGAGACUUUGGGGAAGGUGCAGCAACUUGAAAAAAUAAUAACGAAUAAUGAAUUUUAGUGACUACAAUGAGAGAGGGAGAGCAGCAGCUUGAGAAAAAUGAUGAAAAAUAUUUCAGCACCCUGGCUUGGCUGGCUUCAAUUACAUUUCAAGGGAUCAAUUUUUAGUUGAAACUUGGAAAUAAAAGGUUUACCAGAGACCUCCAUGGUGACUGCUCGGAGCGUGUGGCUGAAUACAGUGCACCUUGCUGGGAUACAGCAGUCCUCAGUAUUGGGAUGGCCUUGAAAAAAUAUAUAACAGAAAAGAUUGUGAAAAAAAUGAUGAUAUGGUAAUGUUUAUAUUCUAAAAUGAAUAUCACUAACAUUUUAUCGCAGUCUUUCUUGUUGUUCCGCCACUUUCUUGUGCCAUUUUCCUGCUAAAAGACAAAACAUUGAAAUAAAAAAGGUAGAAUUCUUCAGUGGAAAAGUAGAAUAUGUAUAAACGAAAUGUCCACUAUGAUAAGGACGCCAUGGCAGGCGUAAAAAGGCGACAAAGCCAAUCAAUGGACUUGUGCUGGUGUUCUUCUUUCAUUCGGCUCACAUUGAUAAACGGCUCUUUAAUUGGAUUUCUCUGGUGGAACAAGAUUAGGAAAAGCCAAGGCCAAUGCAUGCCCAACAUUUCAGCAGCCCCUCGACAUGCAAUCAGGCCUGAUUGAUGACUGCUGAUUGCCAAUCACCACCAUCAAUUGACACGCGACACUCAACGGGAGCGCACUUCCGCUGUCAGCCCGCAUCAUCAUCAUCAUCAUCACCAUGUAUCCAUUCAUGGCGCUUUUCAACAUAAACGCAGUCAGGGAUGAUUUUUGGCUGAAACCUAUGAUGACAAUCAAUAUUUCAUGAAUAGACAGCAAACGCCACCGGAGAGGAUUGUUAGGCGGAAUUCAAACAAACUGCACAUAAAAAGUGACAGGUCAUGCUUUCUCACAUCAAUUUAGUGGAGCAGCCAACAAAAAGCAACAAAACACUCGUCCCUCGUUUAUCGCUGUUAAAUUGCUGUCAUAUUUUUGUAGUUAUGUUGCAUAGAAAUCCCGUUUACUAUCUUCUAAAUAUUUUUCAACAUUAUUAAAGUCGACAAGACAUGAAAUAACACCAUAAAGUCACUUUUACAUUUGUAUUACAUGUAAUCAGAGAAAAUACGAUAACUAACGUGUUAGUACUUCCUUGUUUGCCUCUGGACAACGUACUUCCGCCAUUACGGUAGACUCGUCAAUGGGGGACACAUUUACUGUGACACUGAUCGAGCGGGAGUUUUAUUUACGUCUUAAAUCGCUUUAACUUUGUCUACUACCGCGGGUAAUACAAGCGUAAAGCCAUUUAAAGUCGCCAUACAUUAUUGCAAAUCAUCACUGUAUUUUAAUGGCGACUUUAAAUGUUAUUACCCAAUAUAGCAGACAAAACAAGAGUAACUAAGUCAUUUAUGUGCCACACUAAAUGUGUUCCGUAGGGAAACUUCGUGACGAUUCCUCCAUAAUGGCGGAAGUACGCUGCACAGAAGAAAAUAAGGAAUCGCUAACCUCUGUUAUCUUAUUUAUACCUAAUAUGUCCUAUUUUCUUAGAUUAUAUGUACUAUAUUGGGUUAUACAAAUGUAAAAUUGACUAUCAAGGGUUAUUUCAUGUCUUGCCAUUUAAAGGUGCCAUUAGAAUACAUUUAUGUAUUGUCAUACUUUGUAAUACAUUAUUGGCAUAAUGCAUUGAUGUACUUCUGCCAUUAAUGGUGGCUUAAAUGGCGUCACACUCUUACCCAACAUAGACAAAAUAAGAGUAAAGUGAGAUGUAAAUAAACCAGCUGCUGGAGCAGUGGCACAGUAAAUGUGUUCCCUAGGGAAACUUAGUGCAUGCCUCACCGAACAAUUACUGACACCUGGUGGCCAAUGUAGAAUACUACAUUCGCAAGUAGACUGCUUCUUCUGCCUUUGGUAUUUUAGUUAAUUUGGCCAUUUUAUGCACAAUUUAUGCCAAAAUUACGCAUAAUUGGCAUAUUUAAACAGUAAUUUUGAAACAAAAACAUCAUAGAGUGAGGCAGUGAUGUUCGAACCGCGAUGUAGCGAGGGACGACUGUAACGCCGUUUAUUACACCAUAACUUCAACUGGAAAGCAAGUAUUUUUUCCAAGUAACCCUUUCUACUAACUGCAAUGCGUUUUGGUACGCAAACUUGCGGAACUGUCCUGAGACAACCAUGAUCCGUGGUACAAAAACUACUUUUAAUACCGAGACUGUGAUACUGUGACAUGACAUGUUUUAUUUAUUUUUAUUAUCACUUAAAGCACAGCUGUUGAGUUUGGUCACAUGGUAACACACAGAUGACUUUCCCCAUAACAAAGCACUCCCGGCUGUAGAGACGACUUUCUAUGUCUAAUAUUUGGAAAGUCUGAGGCUGCGUUCACACUUUCUGCUCUGCUAGGACGCUUGGUUUGGUCACCCCAACGCUGGCGUGACCCAAACCGCUGAACUCUGGUGCCAUUCAAGAGCAGGCAGGAAUUAUUCAUGUCAAAAUUUGACAGGCAAAAUGUUCCAUGACUAAAAAUGUCAUGUUACAAAAAGAGUUUACAUUUCUUCUGAUUAAAAGUUAUUUUAAAAGGCAUGAAAAAGUCCAAGUUAAUAAUAAGAAUAAUAUCAUUGUUGAGGUUGAAUGUGAACACAGACUUUAAAAUUAAGGUUUUACAGGAAUAAAAGCAAAAUGUUCCAUAACUCAAGGUAUUAAGUCAAAAAUUUCCAAGAAAAAAGGAAAAUGUUCCAUGUCUCAAAGUGUUAAAAGUCCAAAUUUUACAAGAAUAAGGGCAAAAUGUUCCAUGACUAAAAAAAAAAUCAUAUUACAAAAAGAGUUGUACAAUGUUUGCAGAUUGUACAAGAAUAAAAUUAAAUAAAAAUUUGGAGGUUGAAUGUGAACAGACUUUGAAAGUUUUAUUAUACAGGAAUAUAAGCAAAAUGUUCCAUGACUCCAAGUGCUAAGUCAAAAUUUUACAAGAAUGAAGGCAAAAUGUUCCAUGACUCAAAGUUUUAAGUCAAAAUUUUACAAAAAUGAAGGCAAAAUGUUCCGUGACUCCAAGUGCUAAGUCAAACUUUUACAAGAAUGAAGGCAAAAUGUUCCAUGACUCAAACUUUUAAGUCAACAUUUUACAAAAAUGAAGGCAAAAUGUUCCAUGACUCAUAGUGUUAAGUCAAAAAUUUACAAGAAUAAAGGCUAAAUGUUCCAUGAUUCAAAGUGUUAAGUCAAAAUUUUACAAAAAUGAAGGCAAAAUGUUCCAUGACUCAAAGUUUUAAGUCAAAAUUUUACAAAAAUGAAGGCAAAAUGUUCCAUGACUCAAACUUUUAAGUCAAAAUUUUACAAAAAUGAAGGCAAAAUGUUCCAUGACUCAGUGUUAAGGCAAAAAUUUACAAGAAUAAAGACUAAAUGUCCAUGACUCAAAGUUUUAAGUCAAAAUGUAACAAGAAUAAAGGCAAAAUGUUCCAUGACUAAGGUGUAGACCAGGGGUGGGCAAAUAUUUGGACUCGAGGGCCGCAUUGAGUUAACAAAAUUGUCUGGGGGGCCAGAACAUAUAUUUAACACACACACACUAUUUUAUGCUUAUCAUUUUCCUUGAAUUAUUUGUCUAAUUUUAUCUGUAAAAGUGUUAUCCUAUAUCAGUUGUAUGUUCUCAUGUCCCUUUUUUAGGAACACUUUAAACAUCACACCACAUCAAACUAUGUCAUUUAAUUUGACAGUUUUGUUGUUUAUUUUUGACUAAAUCAGACAUCCGACUUGCAAGUCAUGUUGCCAGUUUGUAUGUUAAAAGUUGAAGUUACUUAGAAAGCAACUGGCGGGCCGGAUUCAAACGCUUGGUGGGCCGCAUGUGGCCCCCGGGCCGUAGUUUGCCCACCCCUGGUGUAGACUGUUAAAGAUUAAAAUCCUAAUUUUGGAGGUCAACUGAGACCACAACAGUUGACUUUUUUUCAUUUACAUUUUACAAGAAUAAAAACAAAAUGUUCCAUGACUAAAAAUGUUGUAUUGCAAGAAAAGGUUGACUUCUUUUUCUGAUGAAAAAAAGUUUAAUUUCCCAAGAAAAGUCAUUUAAAAGACGCAACAACGAGGUCCUAAAUGUACAAAAAGAUGGCUGUCCUAUCAAGUCCUCGCUUGAUGAAUACUCUAUGUUGUUUACCGCUUUUGCUGACAUGACUAAAAUAGCAGCGCAAACGCGAAGCCAAGCACAUUUUUGUUGGGACCACAAGUGUGACCGCAGCCUUGCUUUCAUCAGAAAGGACCCCCGCCCCCUUCGGUCCCACUAAGGUCCCCCCUAAGGCUGUAUUCACCGGGUUGGGUUCCAUUCGGGGGCGCCGUUCUGCAGGGGAAGCCAGAAGAAAAGGAGCAUAAAUAUUCCAAACAUAGAACUUCUAUUUUUCUACAUGUGGAAGCUCUCAGCGGAAUUGACCCCAACCUUGCCUAAGCCAUCGGUCUUUGUAAAAGUACAUUUACACUUCUUUCCAGGGAAAAGAACAAAAAGAGUGAUAAAAUCUCUUAUACAAAUGUUGUUUGUAGGUCCCGAGCUUUUCUGUUUUGUACGAAAAAAAAAACAAUGUAAGGAAAAAAAAAAAAAAAAGCAAGAACACAUUUCUACCUGUUGACUUUCUAUGCUGUCGUUUGUGUGUUCAUGUUCUCUUGUUCGGUGCAUGUCGUAACUGUGCCGUCGUGGCUGCUUGUGACGCACACACAGCCAUGUUCUUGUCUUUUAAGGAAGGAGGAAAAGAAAAGCAACAGUGUCGACGUCCUGAUAUGUUUCUAUUUCUUUAAGGAAAAGAGCGUUCCCUGCCUCGGGUGACUCCCAAUGAAAUAAAGCAGAUCACUUUACAUUUUCACGGACAAUGUCUGACUUUCAUUUCUCUCCCGAGGAGGUGAAUGUUUGCAGAGUGAGGAUGAGGACGAAGAUGAGGAAGCUGAGGUCAGAGGGGCAAGGAGAGGGCCUCCAUGCUCCUCCGCGGUUGGGGUUCCCCGCCGCCUGACAGUGGAGAAGCUGCCUCCUGCUGGGGAGCACCGGUACUUCAAUAUCCUCAUUCGGAACAAUGUCGCCAUCUAGUGGCAAUACUAUGCAAGCGUUUGUGUUUA